GUUUUUUUUCAGUUUCAUAAGUUUCUUGGUUGGUGAUCGUAUUACUUGUGAAACCUGGUGUGUGUAAUUGAAUCUACUUCGGAAAUUCGUCGUGAUGGAUAGCAAGGAUGCUAAUCAUGAGAAUACUACGGAGGAGUCGAAGACAGAAACUCCUUCAUGUGCUGAACCGGUUCCAGAAAUCGAAGCCCCUGCCGAUAACACUUCAGUAGCUUCCCCAGAAGCACUAGUGGAAAUACCAUCAUUAGAAGUGAGCAAGUCCUCCUUGGAUGCCGAACCAAUUGCAGAAUCAAUCCCCUCGGAAGUUGCCGAAGAAACCUCAGUAAAUCCGUCGAAAUCCAGCGAAAACGUCUUGCACGUCACCGAAGAAACAAAUGGCAACGGCCUUCACCCUGAAGGCGGUAUCGACGAAGACGAAGAAACGGAUUUGUCCAUCGGGAAUUCCGAGUCUGACGAAGAUCCGUCGGACGCCGAAAAUGUUCCUCGAACGCGGAAAAUAAAGCGCGGUCGGGGCUCGUCGCGUUACUACACGGGGAAAAGUAACAUGGAUGACGACGCCGACGAUGGUGGCGAUGAGGAGGAGGAGGGUGAUUUAGAAACAGUUCCUUGCAAUGAAGGUUCGGAAGGUGAGGACGACCGACGUAACGAAGAAGAUAAUGAGGAAGAUGAUGACGCUGAGGAAGACGGUGGCAAGCCUUCGAAGACAGUCGACGACGACCAGGACAAGCGCAAACCCCAGUAUAUCCCCAAAAGUGGGCCUUUCUACCAGCACGACACUCGCGAAGAUGACGAGAAUGCCGUCAGCGCCGAAGCCAAUAUCAAGGAUAUUCGAAAUAGACGCGUCAUCCCUGAAAGGUGGUCGCAUGACAAAUACGAAGAAACGAACCAAGCUCCGAAAACGACAGAAGAUCUUAUUGCGCAAUACGGUUACGAUAUCCGACGAGACGAGGGCCCACCAAAGGGCCAUCGUCAGCGGAAGUACGGGCGUGGGCCGGCGAAAUACGAGCGGAAAUGGGAAGACCCGGAUGCGUACCGGAAAUCUCGCGGUGGCGGUGGCCCUGGUGGACCUCCACGCAGUUCUGGGGGUUUAUGGCAAGACCGCGACCGGAAAUCCGAACCCAAUCGUAGGCCAGCGUUUAGGAACCAUCACGACGACCGGGAAGUGCAAAAGUCGAGUGGUGAUGACAAUAAGCAGAGUUGGCCGACACCGGAAGAAGCUUCUGUUGGCAAGGCGAAAUUACCUGUUAAGCAGAGGCUUGGUCGGAUAGACAAUAGCAGGAGUUCACCGCCAAAGACCGACCGCAGGUCUCCUCAGCGAAGUAAUGAAAAGCGAGAUCGCGAUGAGAGACCGACGAGACCGUUCAAGGACAGUCGUGAUCAAGACAGUCGCCCGCCGCGUCGGACCAUCCGCCGGGACGACGAGGAAUUCAACAAUCAUCCCCGCGUGUUCACUCGUGGUGGUCCUCGGGGACGGUCUGAUUUCCGAGACAGCAAUCGCGAUUCCGGUCGGGACUUGAACAAGGACCGGAGGGACCAAGAUCGGGACCGAUUCCGUAGGGACGAUCGUGGCGGCGGUGGUGGUGGACGUGGCGGCAGGAGCUCUGCUGGACGCGGCAGAGGCGGUUCCAGAAAUGUAGGCGAUAAAUCCGAGUCACUGGCGGGCGAACCCCAAGUCAAGGAGAAGGUGCAAUCAGAAACUUCGCCCAAGACGAAACAACAGGACGCCAAUAGACCCCCGAGGUAUUCGUCUCAGCGAACGGCCAGAGAAGCGCAGAAUCGCAGUCCGGACCCGGAGCGGUCGUCAUCAUCCUUGCCGACAGCAGCGACGACAAACAACGCCGCCGUAAAGGAUACCGCCCCUGCGGCGCCUUCCAUGCCGUUGAAGCCAGCAGCUGUCCACGAUAGCACGGACUAUUAUUCUAGCCAACCGGCGCCUCUCAGCCGAGACUCCCCAUACGAGUCCCCAUUGUCGCCGCAAAAUAGUUUGUCAUAUUCGUCGCCAACGCCGCCGAUUGUGACGCCGCCGGCAGCGGCGUUGCUGCCGACCCCGGGGGCGGCUUAUGUGACUGCCACUGGAGCCCCGUACAUGCCGACGCCGCCGGUGCCGGUGCCUAUGGUUUAUCCUACGGCUGCCGGCGCGCCGCCUGCCCCUUUUCCGUGUCCUCCGCCGGCGUCCAUGUAUCCUAGGUAUGGACCCGGUGGGGCGGCGGCAGUGCCUGUCGCUGUUCCAGUCCCCGUAGCCGUCGGUGGCGACGGACCCGAGAUUUACUCCAAUGGAAUGACCUAUUACGACACCCAUGCCCAGUUUCAUCCACGACCGAUUCAGAAGCGGCCUAAAGCAGCGAUACCCAUCGUCGCACCUCCAGAAAGGGAUGGUAACUUCGUUGAUGGCGACGAUGGCUCCCAAUGAAGUGAUAAGGAGCUACGCGUGUGUAACGGAAUCAUUACACAUUUACAUUACAGUACAUCCAUACGUUCUUCUGUAGAAAAGUGACGAAAUGCCACCUUCUUGACAUUGUUCUCUUCUCCGUUGCAAAUCGACGCGAAAGUAAACGCGUGUGAGCAGUUUUUCUGAUGGUUUCUUCGCAAAAACUUGACGGAAAGGGGCUCUGUGAGAAGCUUGAAGAUGAAGAAUAUUGAGGGAGAUUCAAGCUUCGCAGAUCUAACCGGUCCGGCUUUCGUCUCCGUGUCCUUUUUUUAUUUUCCCCCUCUUUAAAUUUAUGUUUAAGAUUUUGAGGGAAGAUAGAUUGUAUGUAGAAGCUGUGCUAACGCGAAUAACUCAUCUUAGUGACGGAAUAUUGUCAGUAUGUCAUUCUGCUGCUCCGAAAUUUGAUCGUUCGGGACUUUCCAGGACGAUCACAAAUUUCUGUGAGCUUCAAUCCCGUUGCUCAAUCGAGCUGUUGGGGGGUUAAAUCGUGUGGUUUUUUUUAUUGUGAAGUCCGUUGGAAGAUGUGCAAGAGUGAAUGCUUUAGGUCAAAUCAGUUGGUCCGAAACUUACAAGAUGCCGGGCGAACGACUGGGGCGAGGGAGGUAAUGCUUUUCUCAAAGAGCCCCUCGGGUUAUCUCCCUUUACUCGUUGAGGAAUGUUUCGGAAAUUUUCCGAGGUUUCGCUGUAAUUUUUUACGUUGAUUUCAAGUGAACCUUGAUGUUGACUCGUAGACACAAUUCUCCGGUUUCGUUUUCGAUUCCAGAUGGAAUACACGCGAUGUUUGUUGAGA